AUGGCCCUCGCCCUACACCACGAGGACCCCCGGCGCCAAGUCAGAUGCAAGACGGGUCUUAUGACCAAGGAUACAGUGACUUCAACUAUGGGUCUCGUGGUGACCGAGGUUACGACAACGCCGGGUACGGUUACCCUGACGAUCGAGCUGUUCCGAGAUCUCAUGGAGCCCCGCGCGGCCCUCCGCGAACCCCUCGUGGAGGUUAUGGUUCUCCUGCAGAGCAGCCUCAUGAUCGAAGCUAUGCCUAUAAUGGACGACCACCACCCGGCCCCGACAGUCGUCGCGGCUACGGAGACAGGAGGCCACCUCCAAGGCAGGACCGGACGAGACCGUGAGAGAAUGGCAUGGGAUAACCCGUUCCCCGCGUUUCCAGCGCAAGAGGCGCGCGGCGCCCCCGGCACCAGAGGUAUUGAGAACGCAAGCCGCUUCUACAUCGCCUGGUCGAGGGAGGGGGGCUAUCCUGGUGGUCCUAUGAGGUCGGCCAGUGCAGGACGCUCCGGACGGCGACCUUCGGAUGCCUAUGAGCGGUCCUACACUUCCGCCAGUGGCCCGCCACCGGUGCCUUACAUUAACAGAAGUGCUACGAUGCCCGCUCAUUCGGCAUCACCCAUGUCCCCUGUUGCCCAACCCACAUAUCCUGGGCAGGCCACCUAUCAGGACCCUAACUCAUCGAAUGAUUACAGUGAUACCGAUGAACUACUGAGCUAUUACAGAACCGCUCAUGCCGAUGAGUCCGACAUGCCUAAUUUCGAUGCUAUCCCUGACGGUGGCAAGGUCAUCGACGAGAAUCUGCCAGGGCUAGAACAGCCGAAGCCGAAAGCGAGAGCACCUGCUGACCCUGCCGCUUCCUCCCAAGGCCAGUAUGCAGCAUUCAACCCGCACUCCGGUAGUAACGAUCAGUACCAUCAGUCGCAGCACAAUAUUGCUGGGGUCGGUACACCGAACCAGUUUGAUAGUGCAGGGUUCCAAUUCGACCUACCCGGUAACCCACUAUCAGCUUCCCCUGUCCGAACUCAAGGCAGUAUGGACCAGGGUUACAAUGGACAGCCGGAUUCUUACGAGGAUCCGAUGAAUAAUCAAUAUAUGCAACAACGGGGAAGUGGAGGGCCUGCUGUUCCAGCCUAUAGAAAUGGACCUCCACAACCAUACAGAGUGAAUCAGCCUGGAUUUGCCAACGAGCAACCACAGAUGGUCAAUGAGAUGAAUGAGUUCGAUUCGCAACAGAACCCGGACGCCCUGCCUCAUCACCCUGCGCCUUUCCGUCCAGGGCACGACCAGGGGAGCAAGCCGCCUCCUGUGCGGCAGUACGACAAUAGUAACACAACGGUAUCUCCAACCUCCACGGUCCCGCAGACCCAGCAUAUCGCUCAGCCGGACGCCGCGCCUGCGCCUGUCACUCACCAAGAGCUUGAGCGCUUGCAGCAAGUGGUACGGAGCAAAGCUGCUGACCAAAAAACUCAACUUCUAUUGGCACAGAAGCUGGUUGAGGCCUCGACGGUCCUUGUCGAAAAUAGCAGGAUGGAUCCAAAAACCAAAGCUAGGGCUAGAGAAAAAUACAUCAUGGAUGCGCACAAGAUUGUCAAAAAGUUGGUAUCCAGUGGUUAUGCAGAUGCUCAGUUCUACCUCGCGGAUUGUUACGGCCAGGGUUCAUUGGGCUUGCCGGUAGACCCGAAGGAAGCUUUCAGCCUCUAUCAUUCCGCAGCAAAGCAAGGGCACGCGCAAUCCGCUUAUCGGGUUGCCGUGUGCUGCGAGAUCGGCCAAGAAGAAGGCGGUGGAACGAAGCGAGAUCCGUUCAAGGCAGUGCAAUGGUACAAACGCGCUGCUUCCUUGGGAGAUACUCCUGCUAUGUACAAGAUGGGAAUGAUUCUCGUCAAGGGCCUCCUAGGCCAAGCCAAAAAUCCUCGCGAGGGUGUUUCAUGGCUCAAACGCGCGGCCGAGCGUGCUGACCAAGAAAACCCACAUGCUCUCCAUGAGCUUGCGCUCAUGUACGCAAACGCAACUGACAACGACGUCGUUCUUCGUGACGAAGCGUAUGCCUCCCAACUGUUCCAUCAGGCUGCGGAGCUGGGUUACAAGUUCUCCCAAUUCCGACUUGGUGCUGCCUAUGAAUACGGCCUGAUGGGUUGUCCGGUGGAUCCCCGACAGAGUAUCUUCUGGUACACGCACGCUGCAGCACAAGCGGAGCACCAGAGUGAGCUUGCUCUGAGCGGGUGGUAUCUGACAGGUUCUGAAGGCAUACUUCAGCAAAGCGACACUGAGGCCUACCUUUGGGCGCGCAAGGCAGCCACCGCGGGUCUUGCCAAGGCAGAAUAUGCGAUGGGUUAUUUCACCGAAGUUGGCAUCGGAGUCGCCGCCAAUCUGGAUGAUGCCAAAAGAUGGUAUUGGCGAGCAGCUGCUCAAGGUUUUCCCAAGGCUCGGGAGCGUCUCGAGGAAAUCAAGAAAGGCGGGGCUCGCAUGCAAAAGACCCGUCUGUCUCGCUCCGCUGUCAAUCGGCAACAGAACGAGGGCGAUUGCGUCCUCAUGUGA